AUGGUUUGUGACUUUGACAGCCAUAGCGAAGGGUGUUGGCUGGGAUCCAUGAGAAGGCAUGGAUACCAAUAUGAAGCAAAACCGAACAAGUUCUUCCAGCAUCCAGCUCUUGGACUACCAAACCUCCAGUGCAACAUCAACUCCCCACCUCCAACAACAGAAUUCAUAGCAUACACGGAUGGUUCAAAAAUAGAGGAGAAAGUAGGAAGUGGAGUUACCUUUCAGCAUCACUCAACCACUAUCCAAGAAUGGCAAGGACACCUUCAAAAUCAAAAUAGUGUCCACCAAGCAGAACUUACAGCCAUACAAGAAAGCAUCCAAACUCUUCAACAACUGCAAGCAGAUCCAAUCCACAUCAUCACAGACAGCCAGUCCUCCAUCUACGCAAUCAAGAACCUUGACACCAACUCACCCAUAGUCCGGAAUAUCCAAAUACUUAUCAGCAACUGGCCACACAAACACAUCCUCUCCUGGACAAGAGGACACAAUAGUUGCGAAGGCAACGAACGAGCCGACCACCUUGCCAAACAAGCCGCUCUGAAACAAGUUGGUACCCUCAUCACUCACCCUUGGCCUAAGUCCAGUCUCAAACAACACCUCAAGAAACUUGCCAUCAUGAAGUGGCAACACAACUGGAAUCAAGAAGUGCAAGGCCGCCGAACAUACUCCCUCAUCCCACAAGUAAACAUCAACAGAUGCAUAACCAACUACUACCUGACACAAUAUAUCACCGGUCAUGGACCAUUCCCUAAAAAUUUACAUGAACGAAACCUCACACAAUCCAGCUUAUGCACAUGCGGCGAGGAAGGGGAUGCCGACCACUACAUGUUCUACUGCCCAAUCACCGAGGAACACUACAUCCGACACCCUACGGACCUACAACUACCAUUCAAGAAAUUCCUCAUCACUCAUCUCAAAGUCCACCAUCAAAUCAAGAACAUCAUUGACAAGCUAAAUUGA